AUGAGUGUUAAGUAAACAAAGAAGCAAAUAGCUAGCUUAGUGGUUAAUUGCCGCUCUUAAAAAAUCAGUAUUAAGAAGUUUUUCGAAGUUAUAGAGGUUUAACAAAGCCAUUACACUGACUUCUCCUAUUCAGGAAAUGGUGCAUUUUCAUUUGUGCUAAAAGCGACCAACUAAAAGACAGGAUAAAUCAUAGCUCUCAAAGUGACUGAAUGUGAUGAUAACGACAUUAAUGGUAUGAAGCAGGUCGAAGAAGAAUAUAGACUGCUUAGAUAAUUUUCUAACUGUAAGUACAUCGUUUAGGUAUUUAAUUGUUUCUUUUUAACUGAAGAAGAAAGUUCUGAUGAUGAUUGCAGUAAUGAUGAUGAAGAAGAGGGAAAAAAUGAGAAAAAAGAAAAAAAUCUGUUCUUUGUAGUUGAGCAAGAGUUCUGUCAAACAAAUUUAGAAAAUUUCUUCACUUAAUGCAGAUUAAAAAAAUCUUAUCCAUGCUAGCAAUAGAAAGAAGUUAUGGCAAUUUAAAUGCUUGAUUCUGUAGCUUAUCUUCACAGAUUUGAUUUACUUCAUAGGGAUAUCAAACCAUCAAAUUUUCUUCUUUCAUUAGAUGAGAAAGAAAUUCCUACAGUCAAGAUAUGUGAUUUGUCUUUUGCUUCUGCCCUAAAGAACAAUAAAUCCAGAAUUACAGUUUCUAAAAUUAAAGGAACUUAGGCUUAUUUUGCACCAGAAGUUGAAAAAGGCGUUUACAAAAAAGGGUCAGACGUUUUUUCAUUAGGACUAGUUUUGUUAGAGUUAGAUAAUAUGUCAAAUUUUAACUUUAAUGACACUACAAAUGAAGAUAAACUAGAAAUUAAAUUUGCUAAGAUUUUCCCUAACUAUUAGAUUGACAGACAAUCAUAUAUCUACAAGAUAGCUUAUUAAUGUCUAAAUUACUUUGUAGAAAAUAGAAAAUAAGCUAUAGAUUUACUCAUUUAGUUUAUAUAAGAAAACUAAAAUUACUUAGCCGUUGAACUUUCUUCUGUAAUUAACAGAAAAUCAGAGCAACUUAGUUAAAUUCAAAAAACUAUUAUUGAAAAGUAAUAGAAAAAGAAGAGUGAAAUCUUAGAACUCUCUUAAUCAUCGAAAAAUCAAAAACAUUUCAAAAAUUUAAUCUAAAUGUUUGAUGUCCUUCAGUAAAAACCUUUUAAGGCAUAAGAAUAUGAAACUAUUCUAAAGCUACUUUAGAGUAUUUUUAAAUAUGAUAGCAAUUUUGAAUUUAUUUCUGUAGGUGCGAAAGGUUUGGUCCUUGGAACUUUUAACAAAACUUUAGGAAUUAAAACAGUUUUAAAGAUCCAAUAAGUUCAAUCUAAGCAUGAAGUUGUUCAAGAAGUUGGAAUCAUGAGAGAUUGUUAAAUGCCUCUUGUCAUUAAGUUUUAUGGCUAUUUCUACUUGUCAGUCAAUAAACAAGAUGAUUUUGUAGUUUAUGAGAUAGAGAAAUGUUCUGGUAAUACUUAAAAAAUAAAUAAAUAGAUUUUUUAUCAUUAAUUUUAUUUUAAUUAUGUGAAAGUUUAAUUUAUUAUUUAUUAUUUAAAGGUAACUUAAAAUAAUAUUUGA